AUGACCGAAGACCCUCGUGUGUUCUUUAAUAUCACUCCUCCCUCAAGCACAUUCAUAUGUGGUUCCCAGGGCUCCAGGAAGAGCCAUACAUUGUCCUGCAUAUUGGAAAGCUGCCUGAUUCCAUCCAAAGCCGGGCAGUUGCGAAAUCCCCUGACAGGAAUCGUCUUUCAUUACGAUACCUUCAUCAGUGACACGAUGGGAUCGCCCUGUGAAGCAGCCUUUCUAUCCUCACACCCCGAUAUUGAGGUGCGAGUCUUAUGUGCCCCGACCAAUCUCCACGCCAUCAAGGGAGCCUAUUCGAGGUUGAAUAUCGCGGUAUCUGCUUUAGAGAUUGAUCAGAAAAAUCUCAAUACAAAGCGAAUGCUAGAUCUUAUGGCAGUGGGGCAGGAUGAUGGCCCCAUGCCGCUCUACAUGCACACCGUCAAACGUAUUCUCCGGGAAAUGCGUAUGGAGCAGCAGGCAACACAUACGGGGUUUGACUAUUGCACCUUCAAGAAAAAAGUGCUGGACUCGAAUUUGACCCCUGCCCAGCUCGAGCCAUUGAAGCAACGGCUGGAGAUGCUAGAAAGCUUCAUGCCUCAGUUGCAGACUCUACCUAUUUCUGGCAAGAAGAAAGCUGCUUCCAAAGGCAUUGACUGGAAGCCGAAGGCGCGCCGGUUAACGGUGGUAGAUUUGUCUUGUCCGUGCAUCUCUCCCGAAACCGCUUCUUCUCUAUUCAACAUCUGCUUGGGAAUAUUCCUGGAGCAAGAUCCAGAAAUUGGCAGAGUUUUAGCUCUGGACGAGGCUCAUAAGUACAUGAAUAGUUCUCUCGAGGCUCGAGGCUUCACUGAAACACUUCUGUCCGCUGUCCGACUGCAGCGGCAUCUGGGGGUCCGAAUGAUCAUUUCUACCCAGGAACCCGCAGUCUCCACAACCCUUUUGAAUCUUUGUUCAACUACCAUUGUGCAUCGAUUAACUUCCCGGAAUGGCUGCGUACUCUGCACAAACAUCUGGCAGGAGCGUUGGAAAGUCCUUUCGGUGGAUCGAAGACGGACAACCAUGACACGGAAGCGGUUUCACAACUUUCUCUUUUUGAGGAGAUCGUAA